AAGCGCAGCCACCGAUACGAGAGCAAUGUCGGAGGAGAAGCGCGUGUACGUCAAAGUUUGCAGCUCGGACGAAGGCGAGUCGGCGGAACCUGCACCGGAACCGAUCAACGAGCAACCCCUGAGCAUGGGGAAACGAACACUGCAGACUCUAUGCGGCGCUUCGGAGGUGUCUUCCGAUCAGACGCUCUGGAAGUGUCUUCUGGCGGAAUUCAUCGGUACAGCUACAUUGGUCCUCAUCGCGUGCGGAAGCUGCUAUGGAGUGACGAGUCCAACAUCGGAAGCCGUGGUCCGCAUCGCCUUCGGCUUCGGCUUGGCGGUGGCUUCAGUAGCGCAAGCCGUUGGUCACAUAUCGGGCGGACAUCUGAACCCUUGUGUCACAGCAGGCAUGCUUGUGGCUGGUAAUAUCUCAUUCGUGAAAGGCUUUUUCUACGUUUGUUCUCAAUGCAUCGGAGCGAUUACGGGUGCGGCUAUCCUGCAAGCUCUAACACCCGCUGGGUUCGGUCUCGGGGCAACCUCGUUGGCCAAAGACGUCACUCCCCUCAUGGGGUUCUUCAUCGAAGCCACGAUUUCAUUCGUCCUCGUCCUGACCGUCUUCGGAGCGACUGAUGGUAACCGACUCGAUGUUCUUGGCUCAGUCCCUCUGGCCAUCGGGCUGUCGAUCACCGUUUGCCACCUAUUCGCAAUCCCGCUGACAGGGGCUAGCAUGAAUCCCGCGAGAACCUUCGGGCCCGCUCUGAUCCUCCAGAAUUUCGAAAAUCAUCACAUUUAUUGGCUCGGCCCUCUCCUCGGUGGCAUCUCUGCUGGGCUCGUGUACCGCUAUGCUUUCAGCGCCCCCAAACCAACCGUGGACGAGUUGGAACGAGCCGCUAGAAUGUGCUGUCUGGCCAAGAUGAGCGGCAAAGAAGUAGAGGCGUCGUCCGGAAUUUGAGCACGAUGGCACUCUCGGACGAAUGCUCCAAGAGCAUCUCUACACAUCUACACAGAACACCCUAACACUGCAUUUGCUAAACACGAAGACGAGCUGAGAGCCGACCUCUGAAAAGAAUGCUCGGAAAGUCCGCGACCGUCUCAGAAGCAGUCGAGGCACCCUCAAACGAUUCACGGCAAUCACUUGAAGCCAAAUUCGAACCAAUGAUCAUUGUAUGUAUACCUAGUUCCUUUCAAUAUCAUGCUUAUCAUCUGAGAGUGCUGUGGUCAACUUGUUAACCUGGAUUGGUUAACAAUAAAAUUUCUACAA